CCACGACCUGCUCUUGUCUCCUCUCGACUCCGCCUUAUCCUAUUGUACCAGCGACGAUGCCAUUUGGAGAGGUUGUAUGCGGCUCUCCUGGCAGCGGAAAGUCUACCUACUGCUAUGGAAAACAUCAGCUCUUCACCGCUCUCAGUCGUCCAAUCGCAAUUGUCAAUCUCGACCCAGCCAACGAAAACAUCCCAUAUCCUUGCGCUAUAGACAUCGGCUCUCUCAUCAAACUGGAAGACGUGAUGAAUGAGUUCGGUCUUGGGCCGAACGGUGGAAUGCUAUACUGCAUGGAGUACCUAGAGGCCAACUACGACUGGCUCGAGGACCGCCUCAAGGAGCUCGACAAGGACGACUACGUCCUCUUCGACCUUCCUGGUCAGGUCGAACUUAGCACCAACCACUCAAGUGUCAAGAACAUCAUCCGGAGAUUGACGAAGAGCGGCUUCCGGCUAGCGGCGGUUCACCUCUGCGACGCACACUACGUCACCGACGCCUCAAAAUAUGUAUCUGUUCUCAUGCUCUCGCUGCGCGCCAUGCUGCACCUCGAGCUGCCCCACAUUAACGUCCUGUCGAAGAUCGACCUGAUUCAGCAGUACGGCGAUCUUGACUUUAAUCUCGACUUCUACACCGAAGUCCAAGAUUUAUCAUACCUCGAGAACCUGCUCAGUCAGCAGUCUCCGCGGUACGCGGCGCUCAACAUGGCGAUAUGCUCUCUCAUCGAGGAUUUUGGCCUCGUGGGCUUCGAGACCCUUGCUGUCGAGGACAAAGAAUCCAUGCUCCACCUCACCCGCAUCAUCGACAAAGCCACCGGCUGCGUCUUCGUUCCUCCCCCGACCGUCGGCCAGCCUCCGGACACGAUCGAUGCCUCUUCUAAGCCGGCAUCAGAACGCCCGAACACGUAUGCGCUCAUGACGGCUGCCGCCGGCCCGAUACGGGGGCCGCGCGCGGACGUGCGGGAUGUGCAGGAGCGGUGGAUCGACGCGAGAGAUGAGUGGGACGCCUGGGAGAGGAAGCAGUGGAGGCGGGAGGGGGAGUUGGUGCAGGAGGAGGAGGCGAGGAGGAAGAGUGGUAAGAUCCGCGAACGGACUCCAAAGACGGCGCAGGGUGGCGGGGGAAGCUCAUUACCUGCAUGAAGCGACCGGUAUGUGCACAUGUAUUUUACUUCUCC